AUGAGAAUUUAUUUGCUGGCAAUGUUUUGUGUCAACGCGCAGGUGUACAGUGCGCGAGUUCUAACAUUGGACUCGAAAGAACAAGUCAUCGACAGUCCAAUGUAUGACGAAAACAUAAUUCUUGCCGAUAGCCUGAAUAAAAAUGGAAAUAAUAUUGGCGAUUUAAUGGAGAUUAUUAAUGAAGAAUUAUUUCCUAAUCAACAAGUUGAAGUACAGUUGGAAAUUGAUGGCUCAAAUUAUGUACCAAAGCAGUAUCUACGACGAAGUGAGACCAGUGUGUUGCCUCCGAGCUCUUCAAUUAUAACCACCCCUACCCAUCUAGAAACCUCAACGAAAUCAGCGGUCAAAGAUAGACCCGUGUAUAUGAGCGAUUUAAAGAAAGUUUUUGAUGACUUUGAAAAGAAACAUACAAGUGUUCAAGUGGAAAAGGGUAUUGGAAAACCAACCGGCGAAAAUAUGAGCUGGUUUCAAAUAAAAAUACCAAGAAAUUAA